GCACGUUCAAAGCUCCUCGCAAAGUUGAAGAAGCAUUCUGCCCCCCGCUUUGUUUACAUAACUUUUCCAGCAAAAGAGCUUCAUAUUCUUUCACUUUUAUUCUGCACUCAUGCUUACUGCUUCAUCUUCGCAUACGUUUGCAAUCGAGCCGCCUUCUUCCGGUUUGAAGGAUGAGAACAUCAGCUUUGGAUGGGCCGACUUUCCAUUGAUCGGUGAUGGGGACGAUCGUACUUCACAUUCAGUGCCUAUAAGCCCUGCUUCUACCAAUUCCACAAUUGAAUUCACCGAAAGCAGUCCGGAAACGAAAGAAGAAGAAUUUUCCGUUCUUUCACCCGCCUUUUUGAAACAAGACUCCGAUCUCACAUGCCCCACUAUGAUCGAAUCCAGUGAUUCCGAUUUCGAUGAAGACGAAGGUUCGUUAUUUUCAUCGACCGACGACGCAGAGGGUGCUAUUGUUGUGGACAACACUUCAGCAGGCGUACGGUUUUCCUCCGUUUGCGUGCGAGAAUACAACCUCACGGUGGGGGAUCAUCCCUUGACCGACGUUUUUCCAUUGGCCCUGGACUGGGAUUUUGUUGAAGGCGAAAGUAUUCCCAUUGAUAUUUUUGAAGCCAAGGCAAAACAACGCAAAUGCUCGUGGACACGACAUAAAGCCUCGCGGUUGGCUUUGUAUCAGAGAACUUACAGGUUGCAAGUUGUUUCGGGAUUGUCAUACGCAGACAUCCUGGAAUUGGAACAGGCUCGGCUCGAACGGCAACGACAGGACUGCGAAAGUGAAAGCCCUUCUUGUACAGCAGACGCUUUCCGAGCGCAACUCCCAAAAAGUCAGUCUCUUACCAAUUUGCGCGAAUCUUUGGCUCGGGUGGGUUUGGAAAUGAUAUGACAGAUGAUGGUUCAACCUUUGAUGCUCAUGUGCCUUGCCAUAGCUUUGGAAAUUUGAAUGCAUAGAAUAUACCACACACAUCGCUCAAUUUUUAUUU